UAUGCCAGCGUGCCCGCCCAGCGGAUCAGUUUACUGCGGACCGGAGUCGAGCGACGAUCGGUGGAUUGUGGGCUUAGAGUAAUGCUAAUGCGAGGGAUCGAUGAACCGGAGAACAGCACGUGACUGAAAUUGCUUGAGUGCUGCAACAACACCAGGUGACACCACCUUCAGAACGGAGAAUUGUGGGCUACUACCUCUGGCGAACCGGUUUCAGAAAGUCAAUAACGCGAAGGUUCAGUGUUUUGGGACUGAAGCUGAUCAGCUUGAAGCGGUGCACCUUGUAGGAGUCCACCAGCCAGCCACUCUCCUGAUCCUCACGCUCAAUAUCCCGAGGAUCCUGCGGAUCCAACUGGCUGUGUCCCAGUUCCUUGGAGAAGCAUCUCAUCAUGGGGCAGGUUCAGCCAAGUCUCUGGAUCUUCUUGGCUUUGAUGGUUUCGUCCAUCAGAGCUGCCUACGAGGAUUAUCGCUUGCCCAGAUCCGUGGAACCUCUGCACUACAACCUGCGGAUUCUCACACACCUAAGUAACACCGAUCAAAGAUUCGAGGGAUCUGUUAAAAUAGAUCUUCUGGCACGGGAGACCACCAAGAAUAUCACCUUACACGCCGCGUACUUGGAGAUAGAUGAGAAUCGAACAUCAGUUGCUUGUGGCCAGGAAAAGCUCGGAGUCAAUCGCAUUGAAGUUAGUGAGGUGCAUAACUUCUACAUCCUGCACUUGGGUCGGGAACUGGAAAAGGAUCAGAUCUACCAGCUGGAAAUGCACUUUAAGGCUGGCCUGAAUGACUCCCAAAGUGGCUACUACAAAAGUAACUACACGGAUGUAAUUACCAAGGAAGUUCAUCAGCUGGCAGUCACCCAGUUCUCACCCACUUUUGCCAGGCAGGCAUUUCCCUGCUUCGAUGAACCAUCCUGGAAGGCCACCUUUAACAUCACCCUGGGCUAUCAUAGGAACUACACGGGAUUGAGCGGCAUGCCUGUUCUCGGUUGUCAAGAUCAUGAUAGCCUCACAGAUUAUGUAUGGUGCGAUCACGAUACACUUUUGAGGACCUCUACUUAUUUAGUAGCCUUUGCUGUCCAUGAUCUGGAAAAUGCCGCCACCGAGGAGAGCGAGACCAGCAACAGAGUGAUCUUUCGCAACUGGAUGCAGCCGAAGUUGGUGGGUCAGGAAAUGAUAUCCAUGGAAAUGGCUCCGAAGCUGCUAUCCUUCUACGAGAAUUUGUUCCAAAUUAACUUUCCGCUGGCGAAAGUCGAUCAACUGACGGUGCCCACUCACAGAUUUACGGCAAUGGAGAACUGGGGUCUGGUGACCUACAAUGAGGAGAGAUUACCCCAAAACCAGGGUGAUUAUCCGCAGAAGCAGAAGGAUAGCACUGCCUUCACGGUGGCCCACGAAUAUGCCCAUCAGUGGUUCGGAAAUUUGGUCACCAUGCAGUGGUGGAACGAUCUCUGGUUGAAGGAGGGUCCGUCUACCUACUUUGGCUACCUGGCACUCGAUGCUUUGGAGCCCGAGCGGUCAAGAGGAGAGCGCUUUAUAUCGGCGGAUUUGGCGAAAUUCUUUAGCCAGGACUCGAAUGGAACUGUGCCUGCUAUCUCCAAGGACGUAAAGGAUCCUGCCGAGGUUCUCGGCCAAUUCACGGAGUAUGUGUACGAGAAGGGAUCGCUGACCAUCCGCAUGCUGCACAAACUUGUCGGAGAGGACGCCUUCCUCCAGGGAAUUCGCUCUUUUUUGGGGCGCUACUCCUUCACAAAUGUGGCCCAAGCUGAUCUCUGGAGUGCCCUCGAAAAGGCUGCUCUGAAUAACGAGAUUGUUUCCUCCGACUUCAAUCUAAGUAGAGCCAUGGAUUCUUGGACCCUGCAGGGCGGCUAUCCCUUGGUAACCCUCACUCGGAACUACAAAACUGGCGAGGUAACCCUCAAUCAGAGCAGGUUCUUGCAGGGGCAGCAGAUCGAAGAGGACUCAUCCUGCUGGUGGGUUCCUUUGAGGUUUGUCAGGCAAAAGCUACCCGACUUUGAUCAGACUACCCCACAGUUCUGGUUGGAGUGUCCCCUGAACACAAAAGUUCUGCAGUUGCCCGAUCUGCCAUCUCCUGACGAGUGGCUCUUACUGAACCCCCAAGUAGCCACCAUCUUCAGAGUUAACUACGAUGAACACAACUGGCGCUUGAUAAUAGAAAGCCUGAGGAAUGAGCCCAAUUCUGGUGGUAUCCACAAGCUGAACCGAGCUCAGUUGCUGGAUGAUCUCAUGGCUUUGGCUGCAGUCAAGGUACAUAAAUAUGACAAAGCUUUUGAUUUGCUGGAAUAUCUGGCGAAGGAGCAGGACUUUCUGCCUUGGCAGAGGGCCAUUGGUAUCCUCAAUCGCCUAGGAGCAUUACUGCACGUGGAGGAGGCAAAUACAUUUAAGAACUACAUGCAGAAGCUACUUUUGCCAUUGUAUAACCGCUUUCCAAAGCUAUCAGGGAUAGCAGCAUCUAGUGCCGCCAUCAAGGACAUUCCAUUUGCCCACUUUGCAUAUUCACAGGCUUGUCGCUACCACGUGGCUGAUUGCACGAAUCAGGCCAGGACACUGGCCAUAACCCAUAGACAUGGAGGUCAAUUGCAAUCCGAUUUCCAAAAGGUAGCAUACUGCUCGCUGCUGGAUGAAGGCGGUGAUGCGGAGUUCCAGGAGGUAUUUGAACUGUUCCAGAACUCCACCAAUGGAUCUCAGAGAAGGAUAUUGGCAUCUGCCCUCGGUUGCAUUCGUAACUUUGGGAACUUCGAGCAGUUUCUGAACUAUACACUGCAAUCCAAGGAGAAACUGCUGAGUGAUUGCUAUAUGUUAGGCGUGAAAUCUGCCCUAAAUAGGGAACAUUUGGUUUCUGCCACAGAAAACUAUAUUUUCAGCCAUGCCAAGACACUGGGUGAGAAAUUCAAGAAGAAGGAGCUCACGGGACUUUUGCUCAGUUUGGCUAGGAAUCUUCAGAGUUCGGAGCAAGUUGAUCGACUUGAAGCGCAUUUAAAAGACCUCAAGGAGUUUGAAGAACCUCUCCAGAAAGCGCUUCAUCAGGGCAAAAUGAACCAGAAAUGGCAGACAGAUUGCUCCAGCGAUUUUAUCGACGCUAUGGAGAAACACUUAUAAGCAGCUU